UCCCUAGCUCGUCUGAUCAAAAUGGCAGCCCGCUGGAUCUGGCGGAAGUCAGGACAACAACUGGAGAUCCAAUCAAAAAUAGUUAAAAAAUACAGCGUAUUUCAUAUUCUAAUCUCAUUUUUUUCGCGUUAAUUGAACAGUCUUGACCUUCAAUGUGUCUCCACCAAUUUGCAUCAGUAAAACAUCUCGUUCUCCCCGAAUGAUAAGAUGGAGUCACAACGAGUUGAAGACCAACCAUGUGUCAUCCUCGAAGAUGACGAAGACACCCACAACCUGAGUCCCAAGUCCGAGCCGCACAGUCCGUUCACGGCCAAGGUGGAUCAUCACGAUGACCGGCCCAAGACUGAGGAGAGGAGAGAGGAUCACUCAAUGACCGCCCAAGACGAUCCUUCUCUUCGCUUCAAGUGUUCGGAUUGCAACUUCUGCUCGGACAGUUCUCAUCAGUUAGAAAAGCAUAUAAGAACGCAUACAGGUGAACGGCCAUACUGUUGCUCCAUAUGCGGCUUCGCAUUCUCCCAAAAGGGAAAUCUUAACCGCCAUUUCCGCACCCACUCUGAUGAACGGCCCUUCCAAUGCCCGGUCUGCCAGUACAGCGCGCGGCGGAAGGACGCCCUCAUUGCCCACCUGGACACACACCGACAGGAGCGUCUCAACGUCUGCCCGUUCUGCAACACGGCGUACAAGCAGAAGGCGUCGCUGAAGUACCACUUGAAGAGGUGUGGUUAUCAGAAGAUGGGUGGAGUUCUCAAUCAGAUGGACGGUCACGGGUCAUCGUCCACAUCGGAUCCUUUCUCACUGUAUGAAGGAAUUCGGAUGGAGCAUGGCGGACCUUCUUUCUCCGAAAGUUUAAGAUCUCCUUCAGAUGUUGAAGUAGAAGCCAUUGAGCGAGAUCAUGGGAAGAGAAUGAAGUUCAGUCAUGAUGAAGAAUCAUCCCGGGAUUCAAGCCAGGACAGGAACAGUGGAAUAACGGACACAGCCAGCAAUGAGGAUUUGGAGAAGGCUCUGUCUAAUGUCAUGCAGAUGUACGGCUCCGAGAUUUGCCUGACGAACCGUGCCACCACAAGCCUGGAAGGAAACCUCCACGUGACCCCUACCAUAACCGCAGUCUACUCCCAAGCACCCAUGGACACAGAUAGAAUGGAGACUCAGAACUCGCAACUUACUCCCAAGAACCAUCCCCCGGCAAGGAGCCAGAUGUCUCCCUCAGCAAGCAAGCAUGGGGAAUACCCCUCGGCCGUUAGGUACAGAGGAACCAUCGAUUUGAACAAAACCAGGGAUUUCGUGAACAAGAGCAUGACUUCCCACGGUGGAACUGGAGGCGGGCAAGGUGUGGCAUCUCAAGACGGCCAUGAUGGCGGAAGCGAGACGAGUGAAUCCAAUGACAGCGUUAGCCACUAUGAUGAGUCCAUCGGAUCCUCCAGUCACGGACACUCGCGUCAGAAGCCGCACAGUUCCACCCGCCCCAGCGGCAAAAUCCAAGACAAAGCCGACUCAACCGAAGCGAUCCCCGUGAAAUCGCCCGUCUUCGAUUCUCCGCAGCACCGAAACUCAAGACGAACAGCAGCAGACGAGGCGGGGGAACAACUAUGCACAAACUGCAGACGGGAGAUGUCAGGCGCCGACAACUUCAAAUGCGAACACUGCGAGAUCAUAUUCCUUGAUCACGUGAUGUAUACCAUUCAUAUGGGUUGCCAUGGUUUCCGGGAUCCAUUUGAGUGCAAUAUCUGCGGACAUCAGUGUAAGGAUCGAUAUGAGUUUGCGUCACAUCUUGCAAGAGGAAAACACCUAUAGAGAAAAGUUAUUUUACAAAUAAUAUAAACAUUUUCAAAGCACUUCUUGCCAUAAAUGUUUGCUCUUGUUUUUUUUCAUUUCUAAACUCUCAUAUUUCAAAUGGUUUUAUGUUGUUAUGUUGAUUUUGUUUUAUUUAUUUUGCAAGUCCACAUCAUCUGCGACAAGUUUCUAGUUUGUGUUUGAAGAAUAAAAUUGGCAGGCGACCACAGCUAAGAAACUUAAGCUAUCCAAAUUUCCUAAAUGAAUUUUCGGAACAUUUGGUACCCGACCUUGCCCAAUAUUCGGAAUCAAUUGACAGGCACAAUCAAUAAAGAGGCACUAAAAAGAACUUUAUUUUCUGUGAUGUCUUUUGUGACAUAAUAAGCAUGUUAGACUUUGACGACCUUCUCAGGGUAAGACUGUUCCAUGUUAUAAAUUCUGGGUAAAUCUGGCCGUUUUAUUUUUCAUCAGAUUUUUUCCAAUGGUGUCAUUUGCCUCUAUGGAUCCAUUUUGUUACUGGAUGUUUAACAUGAUUGAAUGAAUCGGUUUGUUUAGAAAUAUUCUAGGCAGUCCUGCAGGGAGCAUUACAUAUUGUGGUGGUGCUAUACUGGUAUUACAUAAUGUAUGGUUUGGGAUAUUUUCCAGCAAUCAAUUUAUGUCGACUUGAAAAUAGCAUUUGUAUUUUACUAAAUAAUUGUGAAGGAAAGUUGAAUAACGAUGCUCGUAUUCUUAUUUCAGCUAGGAUUUUAUUCUCAAACUUGACUUUUCUCUUAUUUAAUCCCAAUGAGUCUUAUUAAAGAAAAAUUGAAGAUGCAA